AUGAAUUAAUUUGAGAAAGAAACAAAACAAUUUAUAGAUGAAUUAAAAAAUGGUGUUAGUAACAUCUUAGUAUCAUUGUAUGCAUAUUUUUAGGUAGCUAUCAGAGUAAGACCGUUGAGUUAGAAAGAGAGAAGUCUAUCAGAAUUUGAGACAAUUAGAAUUUUAGAUAAUAAAAUGAUUGUUCUUAUGGAUCCUGAAUCAGAAAGAGAGGAUGAUGUAUUGAGAUUGAUUACAAUAGUUAUUAAGAAAAAAUAGGCUCAAAGAAACGAAUUUUGCAUUUGAUUUUGUGUUUGAUUAAUGGGUUUCGUAAUAAAUGAUUUAUGAAAAUACAACAGAAUUUCUAUUAGAAGGAGUAUUGGAGGGCUACAAUACUACAGUCUUUUGUUAUGGAGCAACAGGUUCAGGAAAAACAUUUACGUAAUUUUGAUCUAUAAUUUUUAGAAUGAUAGGUUCUCAAUAAGAGGUAGGAAUAAUGCCAAGAGCCUUAUAAUAACUCUUUAAUUAUUCAAUAUAAGAUAGAUUUAAAGAUACUUAGUUUAAAGUUUGUUAUGUGGAAAUUUACAAUGAAAACAUACGAGAUCUACUGACAUCCGAAGAUAAAAAUCUAGAAAUAAGAGAAGAUAAAAAUAAUGGAAUUUAAAUAGCAGGAGUGACAGAAAUUGAAGUAAGAACAGUUUCAGAAGUUCUGGCACUUCUAAAAGUGGGAAAUAAAAACCGUUCUAAAGAGGCAACCGACGCAAACAAAGAAUCCUCUAGAUCUCAUGCAAUUUUGUAACUACAAGUUGAAAGCAAAGAAAGAGCAGCUGGAAUAUAAGAAUAAAUUAUUUAGAGUAAAUUUAGUUUAGUAGACUUGGCUGGUAGUGAAAGGGCUGCCAAUACUAAUAACAAAGGACAAAGAAUGAUCGAAGGAGCUAACAUUAAUAAAUCUUUAUUAGUGUUAGGAAAUUGUAUUUAAUCUCUAUCAGAGGCAAAUGAAAAAGGUAUAAAAAAUCCAUUUAUACCAUUUCGUAAUUCAAAACUAACUCGCCUUCUUAAAGAUUCUUUGGGAGGAAAUUGUCGAACAGUCAUGAUCUCAAAUGUGACACCUGCUGUUAGUUGUUUUGAAGAAACCUAUAAUACUUUAGUUUAUGCUAAUAGGGCUAAGAAUAUUAAAACUGUUGCUAAUAGAAAUGUAUUGAUGGCAUAAAAUCAUAUAAGCAAUUAUGCAUAAUUGAUUUAAAAUUUAAGAUAGGAAAAUGAAGAAUUAAAAUUGUUAAUUUAAUAACAAUAAUAUAGUCAAAAUAAUCCAUAAUUAAGUAUUAUUGAAUGAUAAAUUUUUAGAACUGCCAUAAAUAAAUUAAAAGAAUCCUACAGGGGUUUAAUAAAAUUUAAAAUAAUAGGUUUCUGAAUUAGAAUCAAUUAUUCACUAAAACGUUGAGGAUAUCAUCCAAACAAAAAAUUAAAUAUAUGAAAUGGAAGAACAACAAAAUCAUUUCUAAUAAAAUAUUGGAUUUCUGUAAUUUUAAAAAGGGAGAACACAAGACAAGUUUGAAUAGAUGAGAUUAUAAGAAAGAAUGGAUAAUGCAAAAAAUUAAAAAGCAAUACUAAAAAGAAGCUAAGAUGAUUUAGAAUAGUAAUUAAUAGAAUAUGAAGUGCAAAAAGUUGAUAUUUAAAAAUAGGUUUAAUAAAUUUAAGAUUCCAAUUACAAAAACUAUUUAUAAGGAAUAAUGAAAUAGGGUGAAUUUAAAAUUGUAAAAUAUAAUAAAAUCAAUUUAGGAAACAGUUGAAAUAAAAAUUUAAGAAAAGAAAAGGAGAUACCAAGAAUAAAUCUAAGAUGAAUAAGUCAAAUAAUUAAGAACAUAGAUUAAUAAAUAAUAAGCUAAAAUUGUCUAGAGUGCUAAAUAAAAAACUAAUGUCCUUAAAAAAGGUAUUAGAAUAUCUCUAAUAUUUAUUAAGUGCCAAGCCUACCUGGAGUUGAUUCUCCUUACUAUUAAUUAUAAAGUGGGUAAACAUAUGGAAUUUAAAGGUAAAGUAUGCAUACAAUUAGAUAUUAAAAAAAUAAAUCUCAUUUAAAAUUACCACCAGUAGUUUAGUUAGCCUAAGUACACAAAUCACCAAAUACAUUAAAUACAAGUCUAACCAGUAUUUUUUAUUUUCAAUUAGAUAAACUAGAUGACCCAAUGAAAUAUAGAAUUUCUUAGAAAUAUUCCUCAAGAUUAAAUCGUCCUCCUUCCUAUCAUCCUCCAAGUUCAUAAAGAAAAUCUGCCAAAGGACGAUAUAUUAAUCGAUCAUUAGAUUUAGGAUCUGGUAGAGAUAGUAUAAAUAAAAGUUCUGGAGAAUUACAAAAUGAGAUUAGUUUAAAAAAACUUCAUCGGCUUCGCUAAGAAUACUAACAAUAAAGAUUUGAAAAGGCUAUGAAUAAUAAAACUAAUCAAAAAUCAUAGCCUUAUUUUGGUAGUAAAAUUUUGCUUCCAGGAAUGAUUCACAAAUCACCUUAUGUGAAAAACUUUCAAAAUAAUAAUGAACCAAUUGAAUUAAAAAAAGAGAGACUAAAAAUGUUUAAUUUGAAUCAAAAAGUUUAAGGAAGUGAUAAAUUUUAACUUUAUAAUUGA